AUGGGGUUUAAUAAAGUGGCUGUAGGUAAUUUUUUUAACUUACUUAUCGAAACUGUAGAUAAAUAUCAACUGACAGCCGAUAAAAUCUCUAAUGUGGACGAAACCGGAGUGUCAGUUAAUCCAAAGGGAAUGUCUAAAAUUAUUGCCACUAAAGGGAAAAGACAAGUCGGAGCCUUGACGUCAGGGGAGAGGGGUGAGACCGUCACUGUUCAAAUAUGCUUUUCGGCUUCAGGAGCAUACAUGCCUCCCAUGUUUAUAUUUGGUAGAAAAAAAAUGCAACAAGCUUUCGUGGAUGAAAUUGUUCCUGGCGGUUGGGUAGAGCUAAAUGAUACCCUCAAAUACCGACCAAUGCUUCUUUUGGAUGGACAUUCAUUCCACAUAAAAAAGCUGAAAGUUAUUAAUUACGCCAGGGAACAUGGAGUUAUUUUGAUCUGCUACCCUCCCCAUUGCACCCAUCGGCUACAAGCUCUAGAUGUAGCUUUAAUAAAACCAAUGAUUAAAGCGUUUGCCAAGCCCUCAAAAGACCGACCAAUUCUGCUUCUUUUGGAUGGACAUUCAUCCCACACAAAAAAGCUGGAAGUUAUUAAUUACGCCAGGAAACAUGGAGUUAUUUUGAUCUGCUACCCUCCCCAUUGCACCCAUCGGCUACCUAUUACGCUAAAGAAGUACGCAAAUGGCUUAGAGCUAAUCCUGGUCGUGUAG